UCUGCAACAAAGCGCAUGGCAAUAGGAUUCCACAGUUCCAACACCUCGAAGACACAAAUAAGCGCAUCGACAAGCACUUAGCUAGACAGGUACCAGAGACAGAUCCACGAUCCCAGGAAUAGCUGCCAGUUCUAUGCGCAUGGGUCUCUGCGGAAGCACGUGUAUAUCCUCGACCACGUAUAUAGAUUCUCGAGUGCGAAUCCAGAGCAUCAUCGGGCAUUGCGCAACGCAUAUUCCCGAUAAGACCUCCCCGGGAAGAGUCACAGCUAAUGAAAGAGAUGGAUGGUGGGCAGAACGCAGGGAAGGAGGGGAGCGCGCACUCACUUCCUAUAGGACUUUGAGAGCAACCAACGCGCGGGAGAUGGUACGGGCGGGUCUGAUAGGGAUAAAAAGGGACACUGAGGACUCGAGACUCAGCAAGAGCGAAGGAUCACGACGACAGACGGAGGUGGCGGAGGAGGGGGAUGGAGAGAGGAAGAUGGCGGAGAGAGACAGACGACGAACUGCGAUUCUUCCUCUCCGCGCCAAGACCGAGUUGCCUGUUCGGGAAUGGGCGGCGUGCCCUCUUUUUAAGGUCUCCACGCUCGUCCGCUUCUGCUGAACUCAUCUCGCAUUCAUUAUCGCCUCACGGGCGCAAAUCCAAAUCGCUAAACAUCACUAUAUAAGCCCAAAUGAACCCAGUCCAGA